AUGGGACUUUCAGGCCCCAAACAGAAGCAGCGGCUGGUGGGCUCCGCCAGCACGCGCAACACCGCCUGGCUCAACGAUGCAGCGGCGCCCGGUCAACGCAUGCUGGCGCAGAUGGGCUGGUCUGCAGGCCAGAGCCUGGGUCUAACCAUGCCCGGUCUCACCGAGAACCUCAAGGUCGCGUACAAGAUGGACAACAAGGGCAUUGGAGCGCAGCGACACGAGCGAGAGGCGAGAGCCAACGGCAAAGACAUCUGGGUCGGUGGUGGUGGCGACCUCGGCAGCCUGUUCGAGCGCCUCAACGCCGCCAACGCUGCCUCUACAUCGAGCUCUGCAGCUGCGUCCUCUCCUUCAAGCGAAGCGGAGAGCGAUGGCGACAAGAAGAGCAAGAAGAGCAAGAAGGACUCGAAAUCCAAAUCGGAUAAGAAGGACAAGAAGUCCAAAAAGGAGCGAAAGGACAAGGCAGCUUCUGCCUCCGACGAAUCGAGCAGCGACAAGUCCAAGAAGAAGCGCAAGCGUGAUGCAGACGCAACAACAUCCGACGACAAGCGCAAGAAGGACAAGAAGGACAAGAAAGAUAGGAAGGAAAAGACAUCCGAUUCGAAGAAGAGCAAGCGAUCCUCGAAAGAGGCCAAGGAGGAAGCUGCUGCAGUAGUUGCCGAGAUCACGCCGGAAGUGGUGGCGGUGCGACCCGUCAGGUUAGCGCACCGCGCCAAGUUCCUGCGCGCCAAGCGCAUGGUGUCGGCCUCGGACCUGGCGAGCGUCAAUGAGAUUCUGGGCAUCGCCUCGACUCCAUCCUCAUCCGCAGCAGGUACACCAGGCACUGCCACACCGACAUCUGCAACCCCAAAGACAUAUCCAGGUCCCAGCGGAAGCGAGAUUGUCUUGAUCGACGUCGACCGGCGACUCGAGGCGGAGAAGGACGCGCAAUCCGAGUCCGAAUCGUCAUCAGACGAGGAAGACGCCAAGCAAAAGAAGAAAAACAGCAAGAAGGACAAGAAGGACAAGAAGGAUAAAAAGGACAAGGAUGAAAAGAAGAAGUCCAAGAAGCGCAAGGCAAGCGGUGCUGUCGAAGAAGAGUCUGCGUCUGGAAGCCAAGCCAGCGCUGAAGCUGCUGCUGCAGCUGCGGCGGAGGCGGUGGCGGCGGAAGAGAAGGAAAAGUCGACGCAGAUCGGCACCAACUCGCAAGGGCUGUUCGUGUUCGAGUACCUCAAUCGGCGUCUGAUGAUCCGCAAGGCGCAGAUUGCCAAGCAGAAAAAGGCCGAGCAGGAGGCCAUCUUUGCGCGCGCCGCUCGCGUUGGCGCCUAG